CCCUGUGCAUUCUAAAUACAGAGGAUCGUCCAAUCAACUUGAUGUUCAAGGCAGACCGCGAUUAACACACAAAGGAAAAGAGAUAUGUAACAAUUUCAAUGGAGAAAAUGGCUGUAACAGACAAUCCUGUAAUUUAGUUCAUAUCUGCUCAGCCUGCAAGCUAGGGAAACAUGCAUCUAUUCAGUGCAAAACUGCUGUUAGACAAAAAGACGGAAAUACAAUGGAGAAACAGUGACUAGAGAAUGCAUCUACAAAAACGGAUUCUUGUGGGAAGAGAAAUACAUGUGUAACGCCAAUUAACAUCAUGGCCUUUAAACUUGAAUUACAACACCACCCAGAUAGAGAUUUUGUGAAUACUUUUAUCAAUGGUUUGGAAAGAGGAUUUGACACAGGAAUUGCCCAAUUACCAGCUACAACAUUAGAAUGCAAAAAUCUAAGUUCUGCUAGAAAGAAUCCUGAUGUAGUGGACAAUUUACUCAAAUAUGAGUUAGACAAGGGAUACUUAGAUGGUCCGUUUGAAAAGCCACCCUAUGACAUAUAUCGUAUAAGUCCGAUUGGUGUGGUGGAAGGAAAAUAUUCGAAAAAAUAUAGAUUGAUAGUCGAUCUAUCAUCACCUCACGAACACAUUUCUGAAGUCAGUAUCAACAGUCUUAUUGAUAAGGAAGAUUACUCACUCCAGUAUGUUCGAAUUGAUGAUGCUAUUAAUAUUUUGAAGAUAUUAGGUGAUAAUUCACUUAUGUGCAAGACAGACAUUGUGGAUGCUUUCAAAUUAUUGCCUUUAUCGGCAUCUGUGGAACCCUACUAUGGAAUAAAGUGGAGAGAUAAAUAUUAUUUCUACAAAAGAUUAGUCUUUGGAUGCAGAAGUAGUCCAAAAAUCUUUGACAUGCUUUCUCAGGCUGUUUGCUGGAUUUUGAACAAUAAUUACCAUAUUAAGCAUAUAUUACAUUUGUUAGAUGAUUUCUUGACUAUUGACCCAACAGGCGAUGAAGGAUUCCGAAGCAUGGCGAUACUGACAAUGGUGUUCAAUAAAUUAGGAAUUCCAAUAUCAGAGAAGAAAACAAAAGGUCCAUGUGAGGAGAUGGAGUACUUAGGAAUAAUAUUGGACUCAUCUAAGAUGGAAGCACGCAUACCUUUAGAGAAAGUAGAGCGCCUAUUCUUCCUCAUUGGGAAUUUAAAGUCAAAACGUUCAUGUACAAAACGAGAGCUUCUUAGUAUCUUAGGCCAUUUCAACUUUGCAGCACGCAUAAUACCAGCAGGAAGAUCGUUUACUUCCUAUUUAUUAACAUUGGCACAUUCUGUAAAGAAAUUACAUCAUCAUGUGAAUUUAACGAAAGAAUGCAGAAAUGAUCUGGUUAUGUGGGAGACAUUCUUAAAGCAAUGGAAUGGAAAGUCUUUCUUUUUGGAUGAAAAUGUGACCAGCGCUUCUGAUAUUUGCUUAUAUACAGAUGCUUCUUCUACCAUGGGAUUUGGAGGCUACUACGAUGGUAAAUGGUUUCAAGGAAAAUGGCCGUCAGAAAUUCAAAAUUUAGGAGAUGACCCCUUAUCUAUGGCUUUGUUGGAACUUUAUCCUAUCGUGGUUGCAGCUGUAUUAUGGGGCCACAAGUGGUCGGGGAUGAGGAUAAAAUUCUGGUGUGAUAAUCUUGCCACUGUUCAAAUCAUUAAAAAACGUAGAUCAAAAUCACCAAUGAUUAUGAAAUUACUUAGAAAACUAACUUGGAUAUCAGCCAUUGACAAUUUCAUAAUUUUAUGUGACCAUGUUCCAGGAAAGAUAAACAUUAUAGCUGACUCUUUAUCUCGAUUCCAGAUGUCACGAUUCCGCGAAGCAGCUCCGGCGGCAGCAGCAACUCCAACCCCAGUUCCACCCAUACAAGAGUUAAUCCUGUAUUAGAAAGAGAAUCUAGGAUGUUAUGUGAGGCAUCCAUUAGUGAUAAUACCAGGAGUACCUAUAGAACUGGAUUUACUAUGUUUUGUCAAUUUCUAUCGUCCAUUGGAAUUGAAGCAAGGGAUUAUCAUCCUCCAGAAAUUUCUGAGCAGAUCUUGAUAUACUUCGUUACCCACUGCUGCAAUAUGCUCAAUUUGAGUCACAGUACUAUCAAAUUGUAUCUUGCAGCGGUGAGAUUCCAUUACAUCAAGGCUGGAGUGCCAAAUCCUUUGUGUUCGGCAACAGAUACUUGUGUGAGGUUACAAACAGUGAUGAGAGGAAUUCAGAAGCAAAAGUGCACAAAGGAGAAAAGAAGACCCAUAACAUAUAGUGUGUUAGUUCAAAUCCAUAAUGCAUUAAAAAGAGGAAUGUUCGGAGUAUUUCUUGAUACUAUGUUGCAAGCGGCUUGUUCCACAGCAUUCUUUGCCUAUCUUCGAUGUGGGGAAUUUACCAUAAACAACGCAAAACAAGACAAUAUACUGCGUACGGAAGACAUGGUUAUGGAUACUGAAGAAACAGCUUUUACUCUCAUUCUGAGAAGAUCCAAAACCGACCCUUUUCGAAAAGGAAUACAAAUCCGUUUAUUUCAAUCCGGUCAAACCGUGUGUCCAGUGCAGUGUAUGAAAAAGUACUUGAUGUUCCGACGAAGUUGGUUCAACCGUAAUGUGUCCUCAGCAUUAUUCGUAGAUGAGAGUGGAAAUCCUUUAUCAAGACAUUUAUUCAUAUCAAAACUAAAACAGAUUCUAAAAUCGCUUGGUUUUGAUGAUGAGAAAUUCCAGGGACAUUCAUUUAGGAUUGGAGCAGCUACAUCCGCGGCCGCAGGACAGGUAGAGGAUCACCUGAUCAAAACCUUGGGAAGAUGGAAUUCCGAUUGCUAUACCAGAUACAUUCGCUCCGAUGACCAAACUUUAUCGCGUGCUCAACAAGCUAUGUGUUGUCUUUAAAUUCUAGAACUAUGUGAGUCGGGUGUAUGGACUUUCAAUUGAUUACUUACUUUGCAUAUGUAUUGGCAAUAUCUCACGAUUGUUGAAAUGGACUGAUGUUUGUUAUUGUUAUGUGUAGCUUAGAUAAUGACUUUGCAUAGAGGUUAUCCUUUAACUGCAGUUACUAUGUACCGUACUUAUUUGUUGCAGGAUACAAUGUUUAAUUAUUUUGCGAAAUUUGUACUGUUUGUGUGUCGGAAUGUUUCUUAUAUUAGUUGAUGAAGGUGUAUUAGUCAUGAAGGUGUAUUAUCAGAUCAAGAGUGGUGGUGAUCAACCCAAUUCCUUUUGGGGCUCUCAGCUAUUACAAUUAACAUUUAUAAUAACUUCGUUUGGGCAUUUCACACAUGGUCAAUUGGCCAUGUGUUAUUAUACCCCAAAAGAAUUGUACAAUGUUCACUCAUUUUGUAUUAGUACAAACACACGCACACAGGCCAUCGGCCUUCCACAUCAGCCAUCGGCUACUACAUAUCAGGCCAUCGGCCUUCUACAUCACAUCUCAAGCCAUCGGCUACUACAUAUCUUUUCUAGAUAUUGCAGGCCUUAUUGCCUCAUUCUGUUUCUAAUAUUUUGUUUGCGUGUGUAUUUUUAUAUUACUGUAUGUUCUGUUGCUUAAUAGCUGAGUAGUGCCCAGAAGGCAAUUUGAAUAAAUUUGUAAAUCUUUAUUUUGGUUGGUUUUAUAUAAAAUGUAAUUUAAUGUAAUUAAAUGUUGUUUAUAUAAAAUCAUGUAGAGCAGAUCGUAUUUCAUCUGUGUUGGAUCACGUGUUACGCUAAGCCAAUCAUAUUAUCGCAGCAGCCUGUUUGUAGCUUGCAGUUGAACAGUAAACACUCAAAGUACCACCAUCCUCCCCACCACCACCUUGAUCUGAUCUUGGGUAACUACUUGCAUUUCACACAUGGUCAAUUAGCCAUGUGUUAUGGCAUUUCACACAUGGUCAAUUGGCCAUGUGUUAUUAUACCCCAAAAGAAUUGUACAAUGUUCACUCAUUUUGUAUUAGUACAAACACACGCACACAGGCCAUCGGCCUUCCACAUCAGCCAUCGGCUACUACAUAUCAGGCCAUCGGCCUUCUACAUCACAUCUCAAGCCAUCGGCUACUACAUAUCUUUUCUAGAUAUUGCAGGCCUUAUUGCCUCAUUCUGUUUCUAAUAUUUUGUUUGCGUGUGUAUUUUUAUAUUACUGUAUGUUCUGUUGCUUAAUAGCUGAGUAGUGCCCAGAA